ACGGGGAGUGUUGCCUGCCACCCACCCAUAGAUACGACUGUUCCUCGGGAGGUGGAUUUGGGAAGUGGAAACCGCUUGUAACAACAGUAUGCGACGUCUGACUAUGCGGCUACUUAAGCCCGACUGGGGUGGGUUGGUUGCAUGUGGUGUUGUUGGGCUGCUCUCCUGGGGUAAAAAGCAGCGAAACCCCUGGCCAGAGUGUUGGUUGGGAUAUAUAAUACCCCUGGGUCUUGGUUUUGAGCGGGGUGUGAUAUGCAACCGCAGUUGUUGUAUGGAGAUUGGCGGGACUCUAAUUCUGUUAAUGGAUGGGAGUUCAGCAGCGACGACAUCGGAUUCUCCUCGAGAGGGACUGCACUACUAGUCAGAUGUGGUAGAGGAAAAUCACUUUGUUUAUUAGGGCAGCUGAGGACUUGGGUGGUACAGGGACAUGCCCGCUGGCCUCUCUAUCUACUCGGGCAGUCCUGUUCUCAUCAUCUU